AAAGUCUCUCUUGAUAACUUCCUUCACCGGAGAAAAAGACCAUGGCGUCUUCAACGCAAGACGAAGAAGCCCUCCACCGCAAGGAAGAAACUGAACCCGAUCACGAUGAAGCAGACCUGAACACAGAGGGCAAGACUGACGAUGAAGCCAAACACGUAGACGAUGCCAAGAAGAUCGUGGCCUCAGAGUCAGCGACAAGCGAGCAAGAAGUCGACGCUAAUCAAGAAAACGAACGCAAAGGAGGGACGAUGAUGGUGCCUUCAACGACAACACCAAGAAGCUUAACUCAAGAAGAAGAAGAAAACGCAAGGGAAGUUGACGCUUUCGCCUCAGCGAUCCUUUGGUCUAUGCGCAACGAGGACGUCCCACCUACGAGUCCAUCUAUGCUCGAAAUAGACGAUCACGACGUCGACGACUCCGAACAAACCUUGAGGUUCCUCACCCGAUGGAAAGCUCCGAAGACUCCACCGAAAAAGAUCAUUCACGACCGGUUGAUCGAGCAAUGCAGCAGACCGAUCCAGAAGCAGCUGACGACAAGCGACGUGGAGCAGAGGAAGCUGUAUUUACCGAGGAAGAAGUUUCAGAAGCUUCUCGACGAAUCGGGGAGUAGGGAGAUAAGGGUUUCGGUUUACGGACCAGACGGGGAGGUUCAGGAGAUGUGGCUUGGUGAUGAUGAUGAGGAGACGUUUGAGUUGGUGAUAGGGUGGAGGACGUUCGUGGAACAGUAUGGGCUCAAGGAGUGUUGUGACUUUGUCACGGUGUGGAUGUUUAGGCACAGAGACAGUCAAAGGAUUUGCUUAGCUGUGGAUGUCACAAGGUUUGUGUUCAGGAAGGAGGUUAGUAAGAGGAUCUCUCAGGCUGCUUUCGAGGAUUCUGAUUAGAGAUUAAGUGGGGUUUUAGAGAUUUAAUGAGAUAUUGAACAUGAGGUAGAAGUUUUAAGGUUUUGAGUUGAGUCACAUUCUCAGUUUCUUAGUCGAGAAAUGUAAAUAGUUGACAGAAACAUCAUUGCAUGAUAAAAAUAAAUACAGUUGGUGCUUACUUCAGUUUUUGUGAUGACCUAGAAGUGAUCACUUUUACUUGAAAGACAAGUUAUCAUGAUUAUUCAGCUUUGCAUACUUAACGAGUAUUUUGGUGUGGAGACCCUUUUAGUGCAUUGUGGGAAAACGAUUGUCAGAUCAUACACCAAUAUAAUCCAAAGAUUUUACAAACACACUAGCCAAAGUUCCAAAAAAAAAAGAAAAAGAUGUUAUAUUGCCUUUACACUAAGUGUUGACAUAAUACAAACAAUUAUUCCAUUACAAUAAUAGGCUAUAGCAAUAUCAGAUUAAAGCUUACUUGAUCUUGGAUCGAUCCUCCUCACAUGCCUCUCGCGUUUGGAGUGUCUUGUGUAUAUCACAGCCUAACAUAACUGCUCACACUUAUCUUCUUGGUUGAUUGUCCACUCGUGUCAAGCCUCUUACUACAAUUUUUUUCUUAAAUUUAAACUUAUACUAAA